CGGAUUUCAACUGCUCCAUGUCCAUAGCAAAUAACACAUUAAAAGUUUUAAACUACAUAUAAAAUAUAUUAUUGAUGAAAUCACGAAGAAAAAAGAACAAAUAAAGACAUUAUAAUUAUUUUAUUAUUGCUUUGGAAACGUAUGGCAGAAACGCUUAAUGACAGCAUAAAAAAGUUGCGCAAAAAAAGCCGAACAUUAUUGGCACAUGUUGAUGAAAAUUCCAAAAGAGUCAAUGCUGAGGUAAAAAAGUUGCGUUCACAAACAUUAUCUUUAAUAAAUUACCAUAAUCAUAAAAGUCAAGAUUGUUAUUUAAGAAAAAACAGUGAUAUAUGGAAAUUACGUAACGAUUCCAGUGAAAUCAGUGCUGUUUUAUGUCCAGACUUUUGUGAUCCACAACGUGCAACCACAUCAGCACCAAAUAUGAUAUCUUCUGCAAAGUUAACAUUAACAUCUAGAAAACCCAAAGAGGAAUGCUCAAGAAUUAUAUCUAGAAAGCCAGUAAAAGAUUGUUACUGUUAUUCCAAAGUGAACGAAAUGCAUCUAAGAUCAUCAAGAACUUUGCAUAAGCCCACAUUACCUUGCUGUAAUUGCAGAAGUCUGUUUGAGUUCAAACCUAUCAAAGAAACUGAUGAUAAAACAACAUUAACUUCGCCGAUUAGUUGUGAAACAUUUAGAAGAGUUCAGAAAAUUGACUAUACUCCUAGAUCUCAAUUUCUUCGCAAUGUGCAGAAUAAAGUUUGCGAAUUACGGACUGGAGGUCAAGGAGACUGCGUGCAAACGUGUCCAGGAUUGUCUAAUUAUUGCAGAUUUAUAACAAAUGCGAGGCUGCAAGAUAUUUCUAAUGAGAAAUUAACAUUGCCAAACGAGCGUAAACAUGUUGAUGAGAAACAAAAAUCUCCAAAUUCCCCAACAGUGCCAGCAAAUUCAUUAGCAAGUGAACAACAUGAUUCCGACCGCGACAAUGUCACCUGUGUUUUUAAUAGAAGGGCUCAGGCAUCUGCACAAAAAUUGUCAAAAUCAACAUUACGAAAGACUAUCAGAUCUAGGAAAUAUCAGCAAAUAUUAGAGUCGAGCCAAAGAUCAAAAUCGCCUAUACAAAAUAAAAAAGCAAUGCAAUUGCUCAAGCAAGAUUAUCCUUGUCGCUGCAUGAAUGAACUGGAGAAAGAAACUAAACGUGUUGGAAAACAUAAAUUAUCAGAAUAUUACGAUCGAAGAGAUCGAUGCUCGAAGCAUGAUGAUGGUUCCGCAGUUGACGAUACCGUAAACCAGGAGGUUGAAGACUUAAGAAAGUUCCGAGAACAGAAUUACUUUGAGACGCAUGGCUCGAACUACACGUUGGCAUCGUCCAGAUCGUCAGGAUCGUUGCAACAGUAUUUCCUCAACGAGCGACUGUUUCCAGAACCGAUAGGCAGGAUUCAUAGACAGGAUUUAGUGGUAACGAUGCCGCCAUGCGCGACAACACAAAAAAAGCGCAUCCAUUGCUUUCCCAGAUAUGUGAUACGUCAAGAAAAAAAAGUCUGCAAUACGAGUUAUAGACGUAAACGAUGUCAAAGCUGUCCUCUCACUGGUCAUGCUAUCGAUCUUGGAAUUUUGAAGACUCGGCCGUUACUAAAUAGUUUGGCGCUCAAGUAUCAGAAACAAAUUCCUUAAGUAUGGCCGCUAAUU